AUGGUUGCUGGUGUAGUCGGUGCACCUGCCAUUUGGUGGUUGGAAAAUUCUCGCGACGACGCGCCAUAUAUUGAAAGCCCUCCAGCUGAGUACUGGAGCGUUGAACCAGGUCCUUCUAAAGCUCAAGUCACGCGUAUCAUAUCUCAGGGAGCAUUUUCAUUUCCCGUCAGACAUGUUGCCGGCGUCACCAGAUAUGAUGGUGCUCAACUAGCUUCUGACAGCCCGUGCGAGGAUCAGUUCACCCAUGGCAAACUUCCUUCGCCAUGGAAAGGAGGUAGUAAAUGGAUGGCCCGGGGUGUCUUUGAUGGUCAUUCAGGACCACAAAAAUCAGAAUUGCUGAAGACGCAACUCCUGCCUUUUGUCCGACACAGCUUGAGUCAAAUGCAGCCGACCCCAACCAAAAGCCCUGUGCCAGAUGAGUGA